UCCAUCUUUCUUCCUGUACCUUCGGCUCAAUGUGCGUAGUAACUCGCAAAGUAGGUAUCAAGGAUAUGCCAGAAUAAAAGGGUUGAAAGCAGAUCUGCAGCUCCCAGCCUUCCAUUCAAUCACUGACGUAGCUCCUACGAUAGCAGGGACACUAGGCACUUAUUGAGGCCGUCCAUUCCCAUUGGGAAAACGUGGAUCCAAAGCCCCUGAGGCUCAAAUAUCCUGCAUCAUCAUUACACUAAAUCUUCCGUCACUUUCCGUCCGUUCUGCCUCAAUUGCCUCCUGAUUCCAUUGCCGUCAUCCCGCCCACACCCUUGACAAAUCAGCCUCAUACCGUAACUUGAGCCACCCCAGAUUUGGAUGUCGACAUCCGACCCCACACGCACCCACCUAAUUGAGCUUUAAUAAACCCCUCGCUUGCCCCUCCACGUUGCGACGUUCGCUUCUCACAUCAAUGUCCUUUAUCUUUCGAAGGUUAUUCGGCACAUCAAUAGUCAACAUGGACGCAGCAAAAGCAAAGACACAGAGGCUGAUCGAUGAGAAUGCCGUUAUGGUUUUCAGCAAGUCGUACUGCCCGUACUGCCAGAACACCAAGCGCAUCCUCGACGGCUACGGCGCAAAGUAUCUUGCCUAUGAGCUGAACCAGGAGAACGACGGCAGUGAGAUCCAGGACGCACUGCUUGAAAUCAGCGGCCAGCGGACAGUUCCCAACAUCUUCAUCAGCAAGAAGCACAUUGGCGGCAACUCGGACCUGGAGAAACGCCAGUCGAACGAUCUUGAGCAGCUGCUCAAGGAGGCAGGCGCCAUUUGAAGGGUUGGCCCGUCUGGAAUUGGCUGGAGGGUGGUUGCGCUACCAGUGGAUAGACUCUCCGGAGUUGUGAUUUGUACAAGAUAAGAAAUAAAAUACACUAUAUGCCACAACAGUGCUUGCACGCUCCUCCCUAUACAACUUGGGAAGCAACUGUGCCGACAGGCCGCUCCACGAAUUCCAUGACACCUUCGACGAUGUUCUUCCGCGCCGGCUCACUGGCCACCUUGCUACCCGCGAGGUAGUUGAGCCACAGCGCCCGCGAUAUCCUCUCAUCGUCCACCGUGCCAAGGAGCUCUCGCCCGCCCGCCUCACCACUCCCCUUCGGGCCCCUGCCCGGGUCGUACACGAUGGUGAGCCUUCCCUGGCCAUCCCGGAUGAGGAGGAGCUCCUUCUUCUU